CUCACAUCCCUCCGGGGUUACAGACACGAGUCUCGUUAAACACACUAACCAACCAACUAACAUCAUGUCCAUGGCGGCUUUGUGGCACCCUUGUCAUGAUAUCCAGGUACGUGUAUCGGACACGGACAUGCUGGUGCUGCAUUUCACCUCUCUCAUGUGCUGUGUACAGUGAUGGUGUCGUGAUGUGAUGCCGCCUGUCCCUCCCGCCGGCCGUUUUGGCCUUGGCACUUGGUACGGUUGCACCCACUGCACCCACACAUCGCCCAUUGGCAUGUGGAUCUGUGUGUCAGUGGCUUGUGCUGCCCAUGUGCUGCCCACGGGUGACGGCUGGUCGGUGUGCGGUGUGUGUGACAGUUCGUCUACCUGAGGGACUCCGUCACUGAUAUUGGGUAGGUUGGCACCUACCGACCAUCACUCUUUCGGUGCAUGCAUGGAUCUCUUCCUUUUGCUGCUGUGUGUAUCCAUCCUUUUCAGUGUGUGCUCGUUGGUCCGUGUGGUUGUCGUUGGCUUUUCGCAUCCACCUCCCACACGCUCUGGGUACGUUCUUCGGACCCACACACACACUACAUACACACACUCGCUACAUGCGGACCUCUGUGGAUGUGGUGCUGCGUGUGUGUAUGGCGUGUGGACUCAGGUGUGUUUGUUUGUCUGUCUGUUCGUUUGUGUGGCUCGGGUUCGUUGCGUUUGGUUGGGUUGAUUACAUCAACGUUGAGCAUCCGGUGAUUGAUCCUCAUUCACAGCCGCAUCUCGGCACUCCCACUUACCACUCAUGGACCUCAGCAUCUACUUACGAUAUGGCGACCACGACAAAAGUGUCGGCCUGACUCAUGUCUGACCACUUUUGUCAGGCCGCCCAGGACUCUCAGUCCGGUGGCCCUUUCGACUCAGCUUCUCGUGGGACGUCUGAGGCGCUAGGCGCACUCGAACUAGAUCAACCCACCGGUGCGGCUGCAGAAUCAUCUCGACUGACAGCUGUGGAGAACCAACAGCUUCAGUCCCUGUUGGGUAAGCAGUCUACGCAUCAGCAGCGGGACCCACUAGCCUCCUCACCCACCGGUGAGGAUGGCGUGGCCACGGAGCUGGCCGGCAGCUCAUGCGCCCACCCAGUGCCGGCUAUCCAACCAUUGUCACACCUUCCC